CUAGGGCGGUGUAUCCUAAGGAAGGCGGUUCACCUGUGGAAGAGGGAAGACAGGAUAGGCGAUUGGGUAGAGCCAGGCUCGGGAAGCCGGCGGAGCAGCAACUGCAGAAGCAGGCAGCAGCAGAGAGGGAAUGGUGCCUGGAGGCACCGAGAAGGAGGUGCAGUCCGUCCUUCAGGGUUAGUGAAUGAAGCUCUCCGCCCGGGCCAGCCCCGGGACUGUGCGGUGCGGGUCCCAGCAUGAAUGCGGGCCCCGGCUGUGAGCCCAUCACCAAGCGACCCCGCUGGGGUGCCUCUGCAACUUCUCCGCUGGCCGCCUCGGACGCCCGGAGCUUACCCCGCAGGCAGAGGCGCACCCUCGACCCUAAGGACACUCCUGUGCAGUUCAGGGUCCCACACUCCUCGUCUGGCUGCGUCUCGGGGUGGGCGGGACCGCACAGAGGCCGCUCCACCUCGCUUGUGUUCAAACAGAAGACUAUUUACAGUUGGAUGGACAAUAAAGGAAUCAAGACAGCUGAAUCAGAAAGUCUGCAUAGUAAAGAAAACAACAAUACAAGAGUAGAAUCCAUGAUGAAUUUUGUACAAAAAGAUAACUGUUAUCAAUAUAACAUGGAAAAAUUAGAAAAUGUUUCUCAGCUAAGUAUUGAUAAAUCACCAGUUGAAAAAAGUGCACAAUAUUUGAACCAGCAUCAAACUGCAGCUAUGUGUAAGUGGCAAAAUGAAGGAAAACAUACAGAGCGGCGUUUGGAAGGUGAACCUCCAACAGUAGCUCUAGUAUCUGAACAGUUCAGUAAUGCUAACAUUGAUCAGUCACCUCAAAAUGAUGAUCAGAGUGACACAUAUAGUGAGGAAAGUAGAGAUAACCAAUUUUUUACACCUGUAAAGGUUGCAAAUGCAAACCAGACUGCAGACGAUGAACAGGCCAGAGAAACCAGAAGUCUCCAGAAGUGUAGAAAGUCUUGCCAUCUUGUGAAAGACUGUGUAGGUUGUCAGCAGGAAGAGAUUGAUGUGGUGCCAGAGAGUCCCUUGUCAGACAUUGGCUCAGAGGAUGUCAGUACUGGACUAAAAAAUGCCAACAAAUUGAGUAGACAAGAAAGUAGCCUAGGAAAUUCUCCAUUUGAGAAGGAAAGUGAACUCGAGUCACCAAUGGAUGUGGAUAAUUCCAAAAACAGUUGUCAGGACUCAGAAGCAGAUGAAGAAGCAAGUCCAGGAUUUGAUGAACAGGAAGAUGGCAGUUCUUCACAGACAGCAAAUAAACCUUCAAUGUUCCAAGCAAAAGAAGCUGACACUGAACUGAGGAAAGGGUCCUCUGUCAAGGGAGGUGAAAUUCGAUUACAUUUCCAUUUUGAAGGGGAUAGUAGUGCUGGAAUGAAUGAUUUAAAUACCAAACUACCUGAAAGUACUUCUGGCUUGAAUGUGGAAUGCAGAAAUUCCAAGCAGCAUGGGAAGAAGGGUUCUAAAAUCACGGAUCAUUUCAUGAGAAUGCCGAAAGCUGAGGACAAAAGAAAAGAACAAUGUGAAAUCAGACAUCAACGAACAGACAGAAGGAUCCCAAAAUAUAUUCCACCUCACCUUUCUCCAGAUAAGAAAUGGCUUGGAACUCCUAUCCAGGAGAUGAGAACAAUGCCUACCUGUGGAAUCCAGCUGCCACUCUUGAGACCAUCUGCCAAUCACACAGUAACUAUUCGGGUAGAUCUUUUGCGAGCAGGAGAAGUUCCUAAACCUUUUCCAACACAUUUUAAAGAUUUGUGGGACAACAAGCAUGUAAAGAUGCCUUGUUCACAACAAAACUUGUACCCUGUGGAAGAUGAGAAUGGUGAACGAACUGCAGGAAGCAGGUGGGAGCUCAUUCAGACUGCACUUCUCAACAAAUUCACACGACCCCAAAAUCUGAAGGAUGCUAUUCUGAAAUACAAUGUGGCAUAUUCUAAGAAGUGGGACUUUACAGCUUUGGUAGAUUUCUGGGAUAAGGUACUCGAAGAAGCAGAAGCCCAACAUUUGUAUCAGUCCAUUUUGCCUGAUAUGGUGAAAAUUGCACUCUGUCUGCCAAAUAUUUGCACCCAGCCAAUACCACUCCUGAAGCAGAAAAUGAAUCAUUCCAUCACAAUGUCACAGGAGCAGAUUGCCAGUCUUUUAGCUAAUGCCUUCUUCUGCACAUUUCCACGUCGAAAUGCUAAGAUGAAAUCUGAAUAUUCUAGUUACCCAGACAUUAACUUCAAUCGGUUGUUUGAAGGACGUUCCUCAAGAAAACCAGAGAAGCUGAAAACGCUCUUCUGCUACUUUAGAAGAGUCACAGAGAAAAAACCUACGGGGUUGGUGACAUUUACAAGACAGAGUCUUGAAGAUUUUCCAGAAUGGGAAAGCUGCUUCAUAAGUGAGUUGGAGAGUAUAAUUAAUAUCCAUCUCCCAGACAACACAGAACCAGAAACAUGCAUUCAAUUAAAGAGGAAGGAUGAAGAAGAGAUGAGGAUUGUUGGUGUUUCUAAGAGUAAGGGGCUACAUGGGUACCAGGAAGUUAGAGGCUUUCCUGAUUUAGUUGUCAAUGCCAAGGUUGUGAAAAAAUUCCUGACUCGACUGCAUGUCACUUAUGAAGGUACCAUAGAAGGAAAUGGUCAAGGCAUGCUACAGGUGGAUUUUGCAAACCGUUUUGUUGGAGGUGGUGUAACCAGUGCAGGACUUGUACAAGAGAAAUUCCGCUUUUUAAUCAACCCUGAGUUGAUUGUUUCACGGCUCUUUACUGAGGUGCUGGAUCACAAUGAAUGUCUUAUCAUCACAGGUACUGAACAGUACAGUGAAUACACAGGCUAUGCUGAAACAUACCGUUGGGCCCGAAGCCAUGAAGAUGGGAGUAAAAGGGACAGCUGGCAGCGGCGCAGCACGGAAAUUGUUGCCAUUGAUGCCCUUCACUUCAGACGCUACCUCGACCAGUUCGUGCCUGAAAAAAUCAGACGUGAGCUUAAUAAGGCCUACUGUGGAUUUCUCCGUCCUGGAGUUCCUUCAGAGAAUCUUUCUGCAGUGGCCACAGGAAACUGGGGCUGUGGUGCCUUUGGAGGUGAUGCUAGAUUAAAAGCCUUAAUACAGAUACUGGCAGCUGCUGUAGCUGAGCGAGAUGUGGUUUAUUUCACCUUUGGGGACUCAGAGUUGAUGAAAGACAUUUACAGCAUGCACACUUUUCUUACUGAAAGGAGGCUGACUGUUGGAGAAGUAUAUAAGCUCUUGCUACGAUAUUACAACGAAGAAUGUAGAAACUGCUCCACCCCCGGACCAGAUAUGAAGCUUUACCCAUUCAUAUAUCAUGCUGUUGAGUCCUGUGCAGAGACCACCAACCAGCCAGGACAAAGGACCGGGGCCUGAGGAGCAGAGUAAAUAGAACUUCCUUCUUUCCACCUUCUAGCAGAAACAUCCUGUUAGAGUUGUCAGGUGUAAUAUAUGAACUGAAUGAAUAUAAAUGUGUAUAUAAUCCAUACUUCUAUGCAAGGAUGCAGUUCCUUCCACGCACAUACCAUUGUCAGUUUGUACAUCUAAGCCCCCUCAGUUUUUUCCCAUUUUUUCUAUUUCAGUCUUCAUUCUUUGAUUGUUCUUUCUUUGCCCAUCAGAUUUCUUGGGAAUCUCAUGAAAAGUUGUUCUCAUCCCAUCAGGUCUCUUUAUGAUACCUGUGUGUGAUACAAACUGCCUCUGCAGCCAGCAGAGACCAGUGGUAUAUGGAAGAAGCUGGAAACCAAGAACCUCUCUGAUGGGUUUGCUGAAGAUAUCUCUGUGAACCUUUCAUCCCCAACUUUUGUUAUGAUAUAGUUUGAGUUUUUGAUUUUUGAAAUUUAAGAGUUGGGGUUUUUUAUGCAUGUUACACAAUAUACAUCUCCUUGGUUAAGACAGUUUUGUACUCAAGAAAGAAUAAUUUCCAGAAAUAGUUCUUUUGAGACAUCACUUUCAUCUAUUAUGGUUUGUCCAUCCUGUUUCCUCUGAUCAGUUUUUAUUGAUAAUGGUUUCAGAAACUGACCAAGAUGGAAGAAAAGGUAGAAUAAAAGAGAACUUCCCCAAAUGAUGUUUAAAAAUAAUAGAUUCAAGAAAGCUGAAGGACUUUUUGUUUCUUGGGAUUUUCUUUUUAAAUUAGUAUUAUUGUUUGUUUCUUGGUGAUUGAGGCAUAUUCAUACAACCAAAGUUUAAGAACUUGGAACUUAGUUCUGAUUUGUAUAUAGUGAAGUUUCUCUGAUAUUCAAAGGUUAUAUAGCUAAUAAAUUUUCAUUAACAGCCAUUUGUCAGAAACUCCCACAUUAUCUAUAUUUUAUAUAUAAUAUACCUUCUUUCAGUGUGUCUGUGUGCAACCAUGUAAAAUCUAAAUAAAACUGGAGUUGUGGAAAUGAUUAUGUUUAAGCUUUA